AGUUAUGAGCAGCUGGCCGGCGGCUCGUGGGCGAAGGGGCCUUCGCCCUCGCCGCCGAGUAGGGUUCGGCAUCGCAUUGGCAAAUCACAGCGAACGCGUGGUGCGCAUGCGUGGUAGUCUUCAUUAUACGUGCCCCGCAGCUGCUGUCUUGCAUUUCUGUAUAAUAGCAUUAAGUUAUAUAAGCUACAGCACUUACGCACACGCGUUUCCUCCAGUCAAUUACAUCCUGAGUUAACCGGAGGAGUAUUCGCAGGCCUUCUCUUCGCAACGCAACCAAAUAAUGCAACCCAACGACAUGUCAGUCACGAUAGCUGUAAGGUUGAUCUACGCUCAAAGCUAAUCGCCUCUCGGGGACGUUCUGCUUGAGCGUCGUCCAAUGGCGAAGAUGCUACCUCCCGCCGUGACGACCGCUUGGGGAUCCUUUAAUGCAGCUUUGGGCUUACCACCUCUCGCGAGCGAAACCGGCUCGUCCGAAGCGCUCGAUGCGGCCCUGACCAGCCGUAAGAACAUAAACAAGGCGGCAUCGUUGGCGGCGCGCCCAUUCGUGCGCUUCGCGCUAGAUGGAGACAACCUGCACAGUGCAAUUGUGACGGCGGCCGCACGGGCCGCCGCUGCUGCGUCACACCAGAUGACAGCGCCCGGCGCCGCAGCGUCCUCCCUGGCUGCACGCCCCGCACUAGGAGCCGGCCCCAGCAGCAGCCUGACGCCCGCGCCCACCACCACAGCUUCCGCUCGUGGCCUGGCGGCGGCGCGCCCGACGGCACAACCGCACCGGGCCUCUGAAGGCGGCGGCGCCCAUCGCUACGGGACCGCCGGCCCAGAUGAUGAUGUCGGUGAUGAGACUGCGGCUGACAGCGGCGAGGACGAUGGCGCGCUGGGUCGGGACACGAGCCACGGCGGCGGUUCCAGGAGCAGCUCUGGAGUCAGCCGGGGCCGGGGCCGCCUGAAGACUGACGGCUGUGCUGUCGGCGGCGACACCGACUGCGGCGGCGACUGCUCGGACAUGGUGCAGACCUUGAGGGGUGAGCCGUACAGCGGCGGCGGCCACGUCAGCCGGCGGAGCGCCCGCAGCCGGCGCAGCACGUGCAGCAGCAGUCGCAGCCGCAGCCGGGGCGGCAGCAUAGGCGGCGUGGCCAGCAGCGGUGGCAAUGCGCUGCUGGCCUGCGGUGGCACAAACCUGCGGCUGCCGCCGGCGGCGCUUACUUCUGGCUGCUCGGUCACCUCCAUUGCGAGCCGCACGGCGCAGAUGAGCGGUGCAUUCACGCCUGGAUCACUGGCGGCGUCCGCGGCGGCGUCGUGGCGGCGGCCGUCGUCGAUUAAGCUGGAGACGGCAAGGCGCACGCGUGCGACUACCGGCUGGGCGAGCGAUGAGGACGACGAGGAGGACGAAGAGGCGGACGAAGAGGAGGAGGAUGAAGAUGAGGGUAACGAGCGCAGCAGUGGCCGGCUGAACUCAGCGGUGAACGCGGCCGCACAGGUGGCUUUCGCCAGAGGCGUUGCAGCCGCAGCCCCGUCUCGCACGCCCCCACCUGCGGCGCUGCUGGCCGGCAGGGGCAGCGGCAGCGGCAGCGGCGGCAGCCGCAGCGUCGCCGGCCGCGGCAGUGCCAACUCCAAGGUGACGUCUUCGUCGGCUGAGGCGCGCGGCGGGUGGCGCGGCUAUUGGCGGCGAGGCUGGAGCCACUUCGUGGCAGCGCUGGGUCGUGGCAGGAGCAACAAGGCCAACGCCGGCGGCGCCGCCCUGCAGCAGCUGCAGCAUCAGGACUCAGCGCACGAGCGGCAGGGCGUGCCGGCCAGCGGCCUGAGCACCAUGUCCUUCUCCUCGCGCUCGCCCUCAAUGAUGGCCUUCCGCCUGCGCGCAGCUGACAGCCGCACCGUCAACCUGCGCCGCAUGAGUAAAGCAAAGCGCAACCGCGCCCGGCCACCGAUCUUUGCCACCGGGCCUAGCGCAGCCGACGACACGGCGGCGGCUGUGCCGCCGCCGCCACAGCAGCUGUCGCCUGGAUUGUCGAGGUUCGCUGUUGGCGCCGCGGGGCCCGCCACGCCGGCAUUCGUGCCGCAGCCGCCGCCACUGCGGCCGUCGGGGCCCCGGCACGGCACCGACCCGCGCGCGCCGAGGCUGUCUGCACCGGGGCUUGCGUCUGGACUGGGGGCAGCGCUAACGCCCGGCAAGGUUUCGGGCAGCGGCGAAGCGACGGCGGCGUGGGUGGCAGCGGGCGCCAGGUCCAGCAUGCCGCAUGGGCCGCAGCCGCCGGCGGUUGACAGCAACCGGCAGUCGUGCCACCGGCACAACAGCCUCCCGGCGCACCGCAGCUAUAAGAGGAGCAGCAGCAGCGUCUUACCGGAGCCGGUGGCAGAGGAACCAGCACCGGGCCCUGCUGCAGGCAUGGCAAGCCUGAACCCGCACCCGCACCCGCAGCAGCACCAAAAGCACCAUGCGCCACCGGAGCCCGUCGCGGUUGCGGUGGGGCCUGUCCUGCACCGCUCGCGCACCACUCCGCGCGCCAAAAAGACGCUCUCCUUCUCGCCCACCGUCCACAACGACUGCGGCUGGACUGAACCGCUGCGCGGUACGACGUCCGAGCGCAGGCGCCCCACAGCCGCCGCCUCCGCUGCGGCGGCGCCGGCCGCAGCCACCAGCAGCCGCCCUGGCGCUGCAGCGGCGCCAACUUGGGCGCAGUGCACGGAGGCAGCGUCGCGUGCCAGUGCGGCGACCGCCGCCGAGGCGGGUGGUAAGAAACGCGUGGGCUGGCUGCAAAAGCUGGUGCGUGUCUUCAGCAGCCGGGCCGACCCAGCGGUCCUGCCGGCGACACCUGCGGUCACAGCCGCCCCCUUUCUCGUGGGCCCUGCCUCGCCUGGCGGCGCACCCGAGGGCGCCUCCGGCGACUCGGACGGCACUUGGGGCUCGGGAAGCAGCGGCGGCGGCGAAGCCGUUGGCAGUGGUGGCGGCGGCGCCAGCGGCGAGAACGCAGUUGUCGGUAGCAGCCCCAGCAUCUGCAGCAGCAACAGCAGCCACGCGCGCGCAGCCACUCGCAUGCUGCGGGUGAUGGACUCCCGGGUGGUACAUCACAGGCGGCUGCAGCACCAGCAGCAGCACGCGGCGCAGCACCCACACCCACCACCGCCACCACCGCAGCUACACCGGCUGCAGGCCUCGGCACACCAGCACCUUCAGCACCCGCAGCCACACCAGCAGCUUCACCAGCAACUUCACCAGCAGCUUCACCAACAGCCUUGCGAGGCAAAGGAGGGCCCGCUCGAGGAGGAGGAGGAGGAGGAGGAGGAGGAGCAGGAGGAGGAAGAGGAGGGAGAGGAGGAGGAGGAGGAUGGGGAGGAGGGGACCGACGCAGAGGCUCGGGAGGCGCUGAGGAAGCGGCUGUUGGAGCAUGCGGCGUCUGUGCGGGAGGCCCCUGGAGACGUCGCUGGUUCGGGGCCCUUUUAUUUCCAGGCUGUAACUGCAUCGCAGCAAUAAUUGGCUGUCUUAGGGUACCGGUAUUGAAAAAUAUACUGUGACUCGUGCGUGGGGGUGCGCUUGCCGUUGUGGCGGGGGUUGGUCCGCCCCAUGCCACCCCCUGUCGACUUGUUGGCAUCAGCUGUACCUGAAGUGGAGUGGUCAACGGGGCAUGCGGCGGGCAGAGGGACGGGGGGCACGUCAGCACGUGGAUGCCUGACUGGCCUGCUGAUUGGGUAGUGGCUGCUUGGCGCCUGUGUUGCUGUGUUACAUUUGUGGAACAGCAUGACAGUACUAUAGCAGGGGCUUAAAAUGGAUCAAUGAUUGAUGUACCAAAGCUGUGGCAACAGCUUGAACGCGGAGACGCGGGCAGAGUGAAGUACGGGAUGCUGAAAUAGCAUUCGGAAUGCUGAAAGAGCAUUAGGUGAUUCGGUAGUAUCGAACUAGUAAUGCAUCUGAAGACUUUCACAUGUCGCAUGCAGUAAUGCAGUGGGGCGUUGAUUGGGGUUCCUAAGACGUAGCGUGGCUCAUUGGCUGUCCGUAUGCGUGUGUGAUGGAGGCGGCACAUAACAUGAGGGCUCAAGCGCUGGGGUGGGCUUUGAGUGAGGACCUUCAAGGGGCGGGACAAGCUGGCACGGUCUACCGUGCUCACCACCGCGGCACGGUGCGCCACGGCUGCUGUAUAUUGUAAUUCUUUGUCCGA